ACUUCCUUCACGACAGCUCUGCGCUGCUCCGCGAAGCGCAAGAAGCAUGAAUGCCCUGACUUAUGCAGAGGCUAUAUCACCGUAAAUGCUGCACGGCCAAUGCAGACAGCGAAUUGAUCAUGUUACGCCUUUAACUGUAAGCAGGACCACAAUCAGAGAACACCAUUUCCCACAAUUCAAUAUACCGUUUACCUCCGGAUGCAUCGAAGCGGCCGCAAACUUGCGCCACUGACUUCUAGAUCACCUGAACAGGAAGAAAGCCUCUUGCUGAAUUUACUUCGUCCAGUUCAUUUGGUAGGAAGAUCUGGUAAACCGCGCAGGUUCUGACAAGACAAGCCAUUCUUGAUUUGCAGGCCUUUAUAUCGCGCCUUCACAGCAUCCGCGUACACGACACUCGAGCUUAUACAGUGAAACAUUGCACGUAAGUACUGUAUUGUUGUUGCUAAUGUUGCUAUGUAUAUUUCCUACCUGGAGCAAACAAUGGCGCAAACCUAAAUGCAACAUUGUAACCGUGCUGCAAGAACUUUACAAACUCGAUUGAUCGUGAUACAUUUUUGCAUUCUUGGUUAAUUCAGGCCUACCUAUCAAGAGUAUGCGCGUGCUAUUUGCUACAGUAGCUCAACGAGUUGUGCAAUAAUUCGAGCGAAUCAGUGCUAAAUUGCAAAUGGAUAUAAUAAUAAACAUAACAAUUACUUGAACUUGCAUAUUCGGUGGUCACGUGGACUACAUCUGGGUCAGCGUGAGGGAACCGUGUAGUAAUUGUUCUGGCCUGGAAAAUGUACAGUGAAAAUGUUAUAGAUUUCUGUAUAUAUCGACAUCAAUUGUUAUACAUUGUCUAUCUGCCUGUAGAAAAGGGUUCUUUGCGGAGGGAUAGGGUUCUACCAAGAACCAUUUUGAUCAGAAUAACUCUUUUUGGAAGACGAUGAUUUGAUGAUUUUUUGUAAGGCAAAGGGUUCUACCUAGAACCUUUAACAUCCUAAGAACCGUUUUUGGAAGAAAGGGUUCUUUGGUGUUUUGUUGGAAGGCAAGAAUGGUUCUACAUAGAACCAUGUAUAAUAUUUCCCAGCAUGCAGCGAGAUUUUCAGUUUUACUGUAAUUUCAGUUUUUGCGUGUACAUUGAUUGGUUAAUACAUUUUAUGCUACACAAAGAUAAAUACUAUACAGUUUUCUAAACUAAUCCAAUCUGUUGGAUUUAUUGCACCCGUUACUGAGAUGGUUGUUAUACUUUAGAUGAUUGAGGUAGUCAAUUCCACUUGUUGGAUAUCCUAACUCUGGCUGGAUUCCAAUAGGUAUUACACACCACUUUGCAAGCCAGCAUAAUGUGACUUGAAGGCCUGAUGUAGCCUGUAAACCAGGAGAUUCCUAACACCACUGUGUUAGUGUAUAACUAGGCCACAGAUAGUAUAAUGAGACCAAUUUUUCACCAGAUCGCAAUACAGUUUUCUGUUCCCAAAACUACAAUCUGUUACGAACAGAGUGGACUAAGUUUAGUAGACUUUACCCUUUGCCAAAGGUUUAAAAAAUUGCGUUGUUUAGAAGGAGUGCAAAGGCGAAUUGAGUUAUUGCACACACACACUUCAGAGUAGGCGUUCCCUAACUGAAAUAUGCAAAUGCAUGCUAGAACGAGUCAAUAGGAUCUCGCUAGUUCGUGCUUGGCUCUGCCAACCUCCUUGCUUGUUUUGCCCACAAUGGCUAAUUAGUUCCCAUUUGAAACGACAGGCUGUGGUCUACCUUGGUUAAGUUAUACAAAUCUUUGACUAGGCCCUCAAAGAAAGGCCUUAUGAUAUAUGUAAUGUAUUGUCCUAAAUUAUACAAUUUUAAAGGCUAGUAAGGCUGGUAGAACUGUUCAUAGAGGGUUCUAGGAAGAACCCUCCAAAGAUAAAAUGGUUCUCAGUAGAGCCAUUCAUAGAUGGUUCUAGGAAGAACCUUUAAAUGACAAAAUGGUUAUUGGAAGAACCCUUCAUUUUUUUACAUUUUAGUCAUUUAGAAGACGCUCUUAUAUAUAUAUAUAUAUAUAUAUAGGGUUCUACCAGCACCAAAGAGUUCUGCCCAGCACCAAAAAUGGUUCCCCUAUGGGGACAAACCUAAGAAUCCUACUUAGCACCUUUUUUUCUAAGAGUGUAUUAUAGACUAGGUCACUAAUAAUCAUUAAUCUGCUAACUACUUUAUAAUGCAUUGCACACAGUAACAAACAAACAUAAUAAAGCACAUUAUCAGAGGUUACACCUCAAUAGAACAAAAUCAUGCACAUUGGAAUGUAGAUUUAUUUAGAAAACAUUGUGCAUUGAAUUCUUACGAAAGGGUGGUAUUUACUCAGUCAUUGCAUCCAUCUUUUUCCAGGAUGCCCAAAUCAAAGGAAGUUCUGUCAUCUACCUCUGGCAGUGGCAGUGCCAGUGACUCAGACAGUGAGGCUGAGACCAAGGUAAAGAGACACACCCUUCCCCUGCUCCUAAACACAACCACGAAGUAAAGACAUUGUGGUUCAGUCAAAAUAAUUGAAAAGGACACAAAUAUUUCAAAAUGCUCAAAUAUACAUAGAUUAAAUGUGGAAGCUGUGUUUUUAUAUAGCUGCAUAUAUUUUAGCAGGUUGACAUUUAUUGGGAUGAGUCAUGCAGAACUGAGCGAUUUCUGCUAGAUGGACCAGCUGCAAAGUAAAAAAAAAAGGCUAUAUUGUAGAAAUUCAUGAAAACAAAAAUGUGCUUUUUGGUCAUAAUUUAAGGUUAUGCUUAGGCAUUAGGGUUAGCAGUGUGGUUAGGGUAAAGAUUAGGGUGAGGUUUAAUAUCUGAUUUUAUGACUUUGUGGCCUUCCCAGUGAGUGACCACUGCAGAGCUGCCUCCAGAACAAGAUUCAUGGCGAAAAACACUAACCUGCUAAAGUUCUUAUUGUAAUCAGAGGUUUCCUUUUGCACUUUCAGAACAGAAAGUAUAUUUUUAUAUGUAUGGAAAUGAACCCCUGUUGUAGGCCAAGAAGAGAAAGCAAGCAGUACCAGAGAAACCAGCAGCUAAGAAACCGAAAGGAGGAGAGAGUUCCAAGCCUGGUGGAACCUCCAAGGGAAGCAGCAACAAGGACAAGGAUGACAACAAGUUCCAGGUAAGGAGUGAAGAAGAAUAACUUUUAUUUUUUUAUUUUUUUUAUUGAGAUCAGAGCUCUGUCUUGCUGCUCGACCAGACUCCAGCACAGAAGAAAACUGUGUCAGUCCAUCCCCAGUACAAAAGAUGCAACAUUAGUUGCAUGUCGAUAUCAGACCAUUUGCAAACCAUGGACACAAUUUGAGGUCAAAGCACGCUGGUACGAAAAACUACCCUAAAAUAUGAAAAAAAUAGGCUUCUAGUUGGCACUAGUUGGUGGUUUUUGACUCAACUGUUUGAAGUUGGAGCUGAGCCAAUUAGAGGAGUUGGGCAAGGAGACAAAUAUCUAGCUCUCCACUCCGUCCACCACGUAGUCGUACUAUUUUCCUCCCUCGAGCUGGAUGGCAACUCUCCACUUUGCCUGUUGAUACUAGUGAUGUGUUAGGAAAAAGGGUAGGGAAAAUGGAGAACGAACAGUUUGUUAAAUACAUUUUCCAAAAUGUUAUGUGGAAUUUGACUGAGGUCAUGACUCCUGACUGCCGGUGUGGCGGUAAUAUGGUCACCUUAACAGCACUAGUGUAGCCUACCGUUCCUACUGAGACAGUCUUCUGCCAACAUCAUUAUUAGGCAAAAAAAAGUGCAUUUGCCUAUGAUUUUAGCAAUGUGGGUGUUGCAUGCGUGCCGUCAUGGAGCCCGCAGGGCCGAGGGUGCCACCGCUGCGCUGAAGUGGUACUCGUAAAAAUUAUUCAAAGUUGUCAGGUCAGCGAUAUGGUUGUGUGUCUUUUACGUUAAUCUUUUUUAUUUCAGAUUGGGAAGAUGAGGUAUGUGAGUGUUCGUGAAUUCAAAGGGAAAUGUCUGAUUGACAUCCGUGAGUACUGGAUGGACCAGGAGGGAGAGAUGAAGCCGGGCAGGAAAGGUAAGAUCUGUCACUGGGGUGUGACGCCUACAGCAGGACCCUGGCCCCUGAGCACACAGUCAUGCUGUUACUCUACAAACACACAUGGAUUUGGAAUGAUGAAUCAUUGGUUCAAAUAGUUUUAUCGUCAUUUCGGUGCGUCAACCAAUGAGUUAAAACUGUUUAUUAAUGGUUUAUAAACUCCAUAAGCCCUUUACAAACAUUUUUAAAAGGAUAACAAAUGUUAAGCGUUAUCACAAUUUCAAUGUGUAUUUUUCCACCUCUAUACCGAGACACACUACACACAGUGGUACCCAGAUGUCAUGUUUGACAUCAGGUCCAGUGAUGCUACUUUUCUGGAUUCAUUAACUGAACCUAGAUCAAUUUACUUUCCUCUGUCUAACUUGUCUCUGUUUUAUCCCCAGGUAUCUCACUAAACCCAGAGCAGUGGAACCAGCUGAAGGAUCAGAUCUCUGAGAUAGACGACGCUGUGAAGGCGAUAUAAGAGGGAGGCCUCUGGCUGCCUGGGAUUUACCAUCCACAACCUUACAUUCUGUUUUUGUUCUUAACUUUACCACCAUUUUUAUAUUGUUAGUGCAACAUUUUUAAAGAAAGAGACCAACAUUUUUUAAGUGACUGACCAAGACAACAUUGUGUAUAUUUUAAGCUUUAAGUUUCUGUUUACGUCUUCUUGUGCUGUGUUUGAAAACCCAAUGUACGUUAUGCUUGUUGAGUGCUUCAGAUGUAGCUGUGUGUGUGUGUGUGUGUCAUAUUGGGUUUGCUAUAAUAAGUAAUCAAUAAAAGCCAUUUAAAGGGA